GCAACAUACCAUCAUUUCUUAUAAGUUAUUACACAAAAGAAACACUCUUCUUUUUUUCCCACAAUGGCAUCAAACACAAUGUCUUCUUAUGGCUCUGGCUCAUGGACUGUUAAGCAGAACAAAGCCUUUGAGCGUGCUCUAGCAACCUAUGACCAAGACACCCCUGACCGUUGGUACAAUGUUGCUAGAGCUGUUGGUGGCAAAACACCGGAAGAAGCUAAGAGACAAUAUGACCUUCUCGUGCGUGACAUCGAGAGCAUUGAGAAUGGACACGUACCAUUCCCUGACUACAAAAGUAAUGGAGGCAGCACCAAAGGCAGGCUGCGUGAUGAGGAAAAGAGGAUGAGAAGCAUGAGGUUGCAGUGAAACAACAAGCACCAAAACGUAUGGUGGUCAAAAAUAAAAAAUGAGAAUCACGCAGAUCAUCAGUUUGUGUUCUUGUCAGUGUUUCAACAAAAGUCUGACGAAUUAAAGUUUUUGUAUUGCUAUUUCUCAUGUUUCCCACGCAAGCUUAGAAGUUACUAUCUAGCUAGGAGAAAAUGGCCCUCUCGAAUCCACCAAAAAAACAAUCUGUAUUUUUAUUGGUUUUUCUUAAUGGAAAAAUCCCAUUGUCUAUUAAUGAAUAUGCAGAAACGAAUAAUAAAUUCCAAGGAUUAAA